CCUCCCUCCCUUCCUCCCUCUAAUCCUAUCUAACUGCGUCCAGGAAGCAGAGGAGGGCUCGUGCUUCGACAGCUUCCUGGCCAUGUGGGAUUUCUCUGACAUCAGAGCUGAUGUCACGGAGCAGGUGCGCCACGCAGGGCGGACGCUCUUGGGUCGGCCCAACAAGAUGUACUUCGGCGCCGCGGCUCGGCCCGAACACAGCGAGCACACGGGCCUCCUCGCGGCCUCCUCCCAGGACCCCGUCGCCGUGGCAACCACAUCCGUGCCCUCCUCCCCCUCCUCCAGCGGGCGGUACCAAGGCCUCGGCCACACCCCCGCCCCGCACUCCAUCUCCGCCCCCGCGGGGUUCAGCUCCUCGUCCUGGGACCAGGACAGCGACGGGUCGCCCCCGGAGGCGAGAGACACCCAGUAACGGGAUGA